AUGGUAGGAAUGCUCACCGAUGAAGAAACAGAGGACCGUCAGCCUUGGACCCUGUUCUUUGAUGGGUCGGCCACGAGUAAUGGAGGUGGAGCUGGAGUCGUGUUAAUAGACCCUGCAGGCAACACCAAAGCUUUGUCAUUCAAGUUGGGUUUUCCAUGCACCAAUAAUACAGCUGAAUAUGAAGCUUUUAUUAUCGGCAUGUCUACUGCAGUGGAAAUGGGUAUGAGGAAUAUCAAUAUCAUUGGAGAUUCAAACCUGGUUAUUAGCCAAAUGAGAGGCAACUUUGCAGUAAAGGAAGCAGCCCUAGCACCAUACAGGACCUUGGCCCAGAAACUGAUCAGAAUGUUUGAUCAAACAACUCUGGAACACAUACCCGGAUCCACUAGUAGGUACGCAGAUGCCUUGGCUACCCUCGGGUCUAAACUGUUGUUCACAAAGGAGCAGCCAAAUGUCAUGGUUACUCGGAAAAGCAAGCCAUCCAUAGAAGCAUUAGCUCUUCCAGAACUACCCGAAGAGGAUGAUUGGCGAAAACCAAUUAUAAGCAGCCUAAUAUGCCGAAGCAAGAGACACGAUCUGAAGAAUGUGAAGGAAUAUAUGCUCCUUCAUAAGGAGCUGUACAAGCGACUCUCGAGCGGUGUUCUAGCCAGGUGCAUUUGUGAAAAAGAAGCCAAGCAGAAAUUGAGUGAAGUACACGAGGCUACCUGCGGAUUGGAGCAAGUGGCUGCAUGCUCCAAAUGUUCUGUGUUACCCUUAGAAGGGGAAGUCCUUAUAACGACAACGGCAGACGAUUGGAGAACCCCAUAUUUUGAGUUCCUGCUUGACAAAGUCCUUCCGACGGAUGCAAACCUUAGAUACAAGUUAAUGAGGACAUCGAAGAGGUACUUUAUGGAUGGGGGAGUCUUGUAUAGAAGAGGAUUCAAUGGAAAACCACUGCGAUGUCUUGGAGCUGCAGAAUCACAGCAAGUGUUAGAAGAGAUGCAUGCAGGAGAAUGCGGUGAACAUCAAGGGAAAAGAAAGCUUUACCGUCAGCUGUUGAGUCUUGGCUAUCAUUGGCCAACAAUGCAAAAAGACGCCCACCUAAAGGUGAAGAAAUGCCACUCAUGCCAAGCACAUGCCAAUCAAACUCACAAGCCAUCAGCCACUCUUCAAGACAUGCGAACACCUUGGCCCUUCCACACUUGGGGGCUCGACUUUGUAGGAAAAAUCAAUCCAGCAUCCAAUGGGCAUGGGAUCCCCUACAAGAUUGUCACAGACAAUGGAACCCCUUUUGUAAACCAAGAAGUCAGCAAAAUGCUCAGAGGAUAUGGGAUCAAGCAUCGCAAGUCCACUCCUUAUUACCCUCAGGGAAACGGACAGGCAGAAGCUACAAACAAGACAUUACUAAGAAUUCUGAGCAAAAUGGUGUUCGAAUAUGAGCAAGGAUGGAGUACCCAUCUUCCGGAUGCCUUAUGGGCCUACCGCACCUCACCCAGAACUGCUACUGGUUUCUCCCCUUACUCGCUGGUGUAUGGAUCAGAAGCCAUUUCUCCAGUAGAACUAGCAGUCCCGACAGCCAGAAUACUGACAGUGAAUGACACGGAAUGGGAUGCUGAAUCUUGCUCCCAUUGGCGGCUCAUAGACUUGGAAGCAGCAGAUGAGUAA